AUGAGCCAGUUGAGAUCUCUUCUGACUCCUCUGACUCACCUGAGGGGGCCUGCUGCUGUGGACUCUGGAGCUGAGACUACUAGAGCCGGGACUGGGGGUGGUGAGUCUGGAGGUGGUGAGUGUGGGGGUGCCCGCUCUCCUCAUCUGGCUACUCCCCCCGGGUUCCCACCUCUGCCGUCUUCGCCGCCUCUGCAACCUGCUGCUGUGGACACUGGAGCAGAGACUGAGGGUACUGAGCCUGGGGGUGCUGGGACUGAGGGUACUGAGCUUGAGGGUGCUGUGACUGAGGGUACUGAGCGUGAGGGUGCUGAGACAGAGGAUAUUGAGCCUGAGAGUGCUGGGACCGAGGGUACUGAGCCUGCGAGUGCUAAGACCGAGACUUCUGACUCUGGGGGUGCUGCGAGUUCGGGUGCUGACUCUGGGGGUGCUGCGAGUCCUUCUGGUGUUGGUGUCGUCGGAGCUCCUACCGGAGGACCUGGAGCUGCUGGUGCUGGAGGUGCUGGAGUUGCUAGGGGUGCUGGAGCUGCUGGUGCUGCUAGUGCUGGAGGUGCUAGAGGUACUGGAGCUGCUGGUGCUGGAGGUCCUGGAGGUGCUGCUGGUGCUGGAGGCCAUGGAGCUGGUGGUGCUGGAGGUGCUGGAGGUGCUACUGGUGCUAGAGGUGCUAGGGGUACUAGAGCUGCUGGUGCUUCUGGUGCUGGAGGUGCUAGAGGUGCUGGAGCUGCUGGGGCUGGAGGUGCUGGAGGUGCUGGAGGUCCUGGUGGAGCUACUGGUGCCCUUCGCCACCUUCUCAGUCUUCAGCCAAGUGCUACUGGCUUCCCUGUGGCAGGUACUACUCUUCCGUUGCUGUGUCCACCGGAGGACCAGUCACAGGCGCCACUGCUACCACACUCCCCACUGCCUGCUCCUACUCCUUCAACUACGGUACCGACUGCUACUCGCCUUCUUGCUACGGUUGUGACGGACCCUACGUUCUCGUCUCCUGCUGCGUCUGCCCUAGUAGCUGAGCUCGUUGACAUUGCUGCUGUGUACCGCCUAUACUACCUCGCAGGUCUUGUCUCUGACCCUGUCUCUGCCUGUCCUCCAUCCGUCGGGGGUGAGACUGCUCUUGGCUGUACUGCCCUUGGCUGUGAUGUUCUUGAGGACAGACAAGAGGAGCUGGAGUGCCUUGCUGCCGCUUCACCCUAUCACGCGACCAUGCUGCUUGCCCCUGAGGGAGACCUGGAUGCACUUGACAUCCCCACCCCGCGCUCUUACAGAGAGGCGAUUUCGGGUGAGUACUCCUCUCAGUGGCAGACAGCCAUGGACGCAGAGAUAGCUUUCUGGAAGUCCACAGGCACCUACGUCGACGAGGUUCCGCCACCUGGGGCGAACAUUGUCAGUGGCAUGUGGAUUUUCAGGGUGAAGCGGCCGCCGGGUUCUUCGCCUACCUUCAAGGCACGUUACGUUGCUCGAGGCUUCAGUCAGCGUGAGGGGGUUGACUUCUUUCAGAACUUCUCCCCUACCCCAAAGAUGACCACUCUUAGGGUGUUGCUACACGUUGCAGCUCAGCGUGAAUACGAGCUGCACUCCCUCGACUUCUCGACAGCUUUCUUACAGGGUAGCCUUCACGAGGCCAUUUGGUUGCGCCGUCCACAAGGCUUCACUGGGUCGUUUCCUGAGGGUACCCAGUGGAGCCUACGGCGACCAGUGUACGGCCUGCGUCAGGCGCCCCGCGAGUGGCACGACACACUGAGGACGACACUUGCGGCUCUUGAAUUUGCUCCUUCGACUGCUGACCCGUCGCUGUUUCUACGGACCGACACUUCUCUGCCGCCGUUCUACAUCCUUAUGUACGUUGACGACUUGGUUCUUGCUACUGCUGACACUGAGGCACUGGCCCUAGUGAAGGCGGAGCUGCGGAAGAGACACACCUGCACUGACCUGGGUGAGCUGCGGAGCUAUCUUCGCUUGCAGAUCACCCGGGACAGAGCACGGCGCACCAUCACCCUAACUCGGUCACACAUGGUGCACCAGGUCCUUCACCGCUUCCGCUUCACGUACUCCUCGCCACAGCCCACUCCUCUGGCUACUGGCCACUCGCUCUCAGCUCCACCUUCGGACGAGUCCGUAGAACCGAGUGGUCCGUACCCAGAGCUUGUGGGCUGCCUCAUGUACCUGAUGACGUGCACACGACCUGACCUCGUGUACCCUCUCAGCCUUCUGGCUCGCUACGUGGCUCCCGGUAGACACCAAAAGGUGCACUUUGAUGUUGCGAAGAGGGUACUGCGUUACUUGUGCAGCACAUCGGGCAUGGGGCUCGUGCUUGGAGGACGGGGUUCGGUGGUCCUCACAGGACACUCUGACGCUUCGUGGGCCGACGACCAGGCGACUCAACGUUCUUUCAGCAGUGAGGCCGAGAUCUACGCUGGGGCCAUGGCUGCACAGGAGCUCCGCUGGCUGACCUACUUGCUUACCGACUUGGGGGAGCGGCCUUGUUCUCCUUUAGUUCUGUACGUCGACAACAAGGCAAUGCUUGCCUUGUGUCGUCAGCAGAGACUGAAGCACAGAACGAAGCACAUUGCUCUGCGCUACUUCCUUGUGCGUGAGCUGCAGCAGCGUGGUCAACUGCGCCUUGUUUUCGUGGCCUCUCGGGCCAACACUGCUGAUGUGUUCACCAAGGCCCUUGGGGCUGGUGAUCAUCAGCGUUUUUGCACUGCUCUUGGGCUUGUGCCCACUCUGCCUCACCUGCUGGUUGCUUGA